CGUCCUCUAGAGCGUACUUAUUCGAAAGAAUCGAAACCGCCUGCCCCCGAGAAAACGAUAUCCAUCCCAUCAAUCGGACAAGUUUGCAUUGAAGUGCAUAACUCGCACCGUGUGCAUACCCUUGUGCGCCUCAGAUCUGCACCGACAGAAAACCUUUUCCAGAAUUGUAUUUCCUUCAAAUUUGGUAUGGCUCAUACAUGUGAUGGGCACUCCUCCGGACCUCCCAAGAACACCUCGAGGAAUGACUAUUAUGUCCAUGGAGAUGAUACUGUAUAUGGGAUCUAGUCCAACAGUGCUUGAGUCGUGUGCCGUCGGAAAGGCCAACAACGCGUCAAAUUGUUCGGGAUCUGAAGACAACGUUCAAAGAAAAGAAAGCAUUUUUAUACAUUAUGUGCUAAUUCGCUUUCAGUCAAGGGCUUGCUAAUUGACUGGACUGCUGGAAUCCUAGCAUUGCGUCUUCUGGUCGAGUCAUUUCUUUCCACAUCCUGCUCGGGCUUUGCUGCCACUCUAUCCAGGCUGUGUACUCUUCCGUGACGACGCUACAAUGCUAUUUUGUCGCUAGGCAGGCCUGGGUGCCCCUCGUUAUGCUGCCUUUAAUUUGUAUGGUCGUUCCAACCCCUAAGACAAAAUCCACAAGAGCGGGACUGCUAAUUUGUGUGGUUUGUCUGGAUUAUGACGAUGGUGGGGCUUCUACAGUAAUAACCACAACUUUGACCCUAUCUGUGGGUGAGCAACGUAUGACCACGGCAUGGAACAAGGGCCACGUGCGCAGCCCUUGAACAUAUAUAAACGACCAUUACUCUGGUCAUCGCUUACAUCCGGAUAUCAAUGUCAAAAUUUCAACAUCGCCAUCGCACGGUUCAGGACACCCGCGAUGAUAAUGUAUUUCGACGCCGCGAGCUUUGGUGCUGGUUUACCUCCGUGGUUUCUGAAUUACGGCUUCCUGCACACCUGUUUAUCGAGCUCAGCGGAGUGGAUGAUAAGUCUCAAAACGAGACUGGAAACUGGAGCUCUCGCGUCUUCAAAUCUAAUUACGCAGGCCAAGUCGUAGUCGGUAAACGAAUUCGAGCAUUUCCCUUCUUAGCUACUUCGCCAACCAAGUUCAGGCGUUUCUUGACCCAGUACCAGAAAUGGAGGGCUUUAGAGCAUCCUAACGUAUUUCCAAUGUUGGGCUUGGACCUCACUGAUCCUGUUUACCCCAUUUUGGUCAUGCCAUGUUCCAUUAACAUCAGGCAGUUUGUCGCUAGGCGGUGGCCUUCUUCGUACCCAGAAGCUGCGGUAUUGGAUAAAUGGCUUUUAGGUGUUUGUUCUGGACUCCGUUAUCUACAUGAAAACUCCAUACAUCACCAGCGUCUUUGUGGGAACAACAUCAUGAUGAGCGACAAAGGGGUUCCUCAGCUCACCGACUUUGAUUUCGAUAGCUUUCGUAAUGUCAAGUUGUUUCCGCAAUUCAGAGCACUGGACAAUUAUAACCGCUGGAGGGCGCCAGAGCUGCUCAGACUCCACCUCGGCCUCGAUAAGUCGCAACUCAGUACGAGCGCAAAAAGCGAUGUAUAUUCAUUUGCAUGUGUAUGUGUCGAGUUAUACACCAACGACAUCCCAUUUCCUUCUUCUACCAAUCAAGAGGUGUGGCAAUACGUUACUCAUGAGGGUCGUCGUCCGAAUCAUUCGACUGUUGCUACUUUCUGCGUGCAAAUGGCGCCAGCCAUGUGGGACCUAGUCAACAUAUGCCUGGACUUUACGCCAACGAAGCGGCCGACUAGCUCUGAGCUACAUAAACGCUUGGAAAGGAUUAUCCAGGAUUACACCGUUGUCAACAUCGUCACAAGGGACAAGACUUCAGCGUCACGAUCUUGUUUACAACACGAGUCCUCUGAUACGCCUGGAACGUUGGAUAUCGCGGGUCGACCAUCAUGUGGACAAAGCUUACACUCGACUACAGCCAAUAUCUCAGCGUCUAAGGCCAGCACUUGCCCUUGUACCAGGAGCUGUUCCUGCGGUCCAAAUACAUUAUCACCAAUGGAUUCCUUUGUCUGGCCUCAGCCUCCAGAUAGACCUCACUCUCGUUAAAAUUCUUGCCUUAUUGUGUUCAUUGGUACAGAUUCUCGUCCAUAACAUGUCGAUGGAGUCUCCUAUUUCUUGUGUAGCUUAUGAUACAUUUUAUGUCUGCCUUUCUGCCUUCUCUGGUCUUAUCUGUCUAUAUGCAUCGUCUCCUGGGUUCAAUGGCAUCCCGAUCUGAAUAGGUUAGCUCUGUGUCAGUUCAGGUAAGUAGUACGCCUCUUCGACAUCAUCUAGGGCAUACAAAGCUGAGUACUUCACCGUCGAGAAGUCCUUGAGCCACUUUUAUCUACAACGGGGUAUGUCUAGAACGCAUUUGCCGUAAUGAAAUAUCUGAAUAGAC